CAGUGGUUGAAAAUUGGAUAAGUAUUAGUCAAACUGUCUGUUUCCCUUUUUUGUCCUAAGUUCUACGUAGUAUUGUCAUCAAAUGAUUUGAAAUCAAAUCAUUGAUCAAAUUUGCUUGUUAAUUAUUCAUAACCUCACACUUAUUUCGUCUCAUUGAAACAAAACUUUGAUUUUAGUAACAAAACGUUAGAACUGACCAGUUCUUUUUGUCAUUAAAAGAGAAAAAUGAUAAAGAGAGUGUUUAAAACCAUACUUUUAUAUGUAUUGAAAAUAACUUCAUAAAUCAUGAAUCAAAGUUUGUUAGAGAAAUUUGUACAUAACUAUGAGUUAAAAUUAAAAGAAGUGUAUAGAAACUGUGAUACAUAUCGCCUUACUGAGUAUAAUGCAGCAGUCAAAAUCCAAGCAUGGUUUCGUGGUAUUCGAAUACGGUGCUACUUAAAACUUCUCGAAAAAUGUACAAUCAUCAUUCAAAAAACUUGGAGAGGCUAUAUAGGCCGUAAACAAUAUCGGCUUAUAUUAUCUAAAACUGUUAUAGAAUAUCGACGAAAUAAAUUUAGUAAGGCUGCAGCAAAAAUUCAAAGUGCGUGGAAAGGUUAUUUAACCCGUAAAUAUAUAUUCAACUUUUAUUCACGUAAAGUUUAUCUAUCUGCACUAGUUGAUGUAGGAGAAUUUGUCAAAAAUCAAUUGUCUGAAUAUGAAAAAGAAAUGAAAUAUGUGGAACGUAAAGAAAAGCAAGAAAAAGAACGAGACAGAAUAAUUAAUUGGGCGAAAUCACAUCAUUUUCUGGUUUCAACAUGUUGUCAACCAGGAAUAUAUCAAAAUCCAAUGGAUAAAACAAUAAAUGACAAAGAGAAGCUUCUAUUAUCAGUAGUUCAUCAAGAAUUAAUUAAAACUAACAAUAAACAAAAAAAGAAAUUAUCAACAGAACAAACAUUAUAUCAAAUAAAUUCAAUGAAUAAAGAAUUGCCAAAAAUCAAAGGUCCAUUUAAAAAUCCAGAAGAAGUGAAAAAAUGGAUAAAUAAACCAAUAAAUUUAUCAUUACGUGUAUCAACAGAUUAUUUUUCAUUAGAAAAAUCUCAACAAAUUUGGAAAUCUAAAGAAUGGAGUAAUAGAUUACAUGAUAAUAAUUUCUACACUGGUCAUCCACCAUCAACACCAUAUGAACGUUCAUUAUGGACAACAUCUGUGUACGGUUCAAUACCAUAUGGUACAAAACAUUUUCGUGCGUCAGAAGAUGAAAAUAAUUCAGCAAUACAUAAACAACCAAAAUUUCGUAAUAUAUUACCACCGAUUCCAUUAUUUGACAAAUUUAAUAGAGAGUAUAUACCAGGUUAUGCAACAGGAUGAUUGUAUAAAAGUAUGUGUAACAGUAGUCUUGAUAUGAACUAAUCGAUUGAAGUUUCUUUUAAAAAAAUAAUAAAAUGAUUGAAAUUCUAA